AUGUCGCGCUUUCUUGGAUUGGGAUCGUUCGUGAGCGUGCUCGCAGCUACCCCCGGUGUCCUCUCCGUCCCGCGUGCGGCUGCACCGACGAUCGAAUGGGCUCCUUGCGAGUCCACCAUCGCGGUCUCCAAGUUCCCUAUCGACUGCGCAUUCUUCCCCAUCCCGCUCGACUAUGCGGACCCGUCCGCCGGCACCGGUCGACUGUCGCUCAUCAAGAUGAAUGCUACGGGCGAGCGCAAAGGCACGCUUUUCACCAACCCCGGUGGCCCCGACGAAGGCGGCGUGAGCGAUCUCGCGUUCAACGGGAUGCAGUACAUGAACGUCACAGGGGGAAACUACGACCUCGUCAGCUGGGACCCGCGUGGGGUCGGGACGGCGACCAUCCCCAGCAGCGUCUUCUGCUUCGACUCGUUUGACGAGUGGUCCGCGUUCUUCAACGGGACGCUCGAAGUGACGGGGAUCAACUACUCUGGCAACCUCACGGACCCGGGCGAGGUCGCGGGGCUGAUGGCGCAGGCGCGGACAAUGCAGGACAAGUACGUGGAGCUCGGCGGGAGGUGCGCGACGGCGGACAUCGACGGCACGUACAAGUACGUCGGGACGGCAGCGAACGCGCGGGACCUGGCGGCGCUGGCGGAGGCGAUCGACGGACCUGGGGCGGCGGUGAAUUACUGGGGAAUGUCGUAUGGGACGCUGAUGGGGGCGUGGCUGGUGAACAUGUUUCCUAAUCGGGUUGGGCAUGUCAUCCUCGACGGGGUGGUCAAUGUGCUUGACACGGCAGAGAAACAGAGCUACUUUUCUUGGGCAGACAAAACGAAAGACAGCGAGAAGGUGUGGGAGGGGAUGGCGACCGCUUGUGCGCUCUCAGGCCCCUCGCACUGCAACCUCACGACAGAGGGGGGCACCGGCCAAGAUGUCAUGGCGUUGCUCUCCAAGCUCCUCGACGCGGCCACGGACGCGCAGAAGCACAGCAGUGGGCCCGUCACCAUCCAAUCUAGCGUCACGCGUGGGAGCGUAUUCGGUGACCUGUACUUGCCCGAGUCCUGGCAGGGCGGCGCAACGCUGAUCGCACGAUUGGUCCCGCUCGUGGAGGCGGAGUCGGGCAUGACCGUUCGGCCUACGCGCAAACGGCGGAGCGAGACGGGGAUGGAGUACGGGAUGACCGCCAUCUACUGCGGAGACAGCAUCGAUGCCGACGAAUCGACCAUGGAAGACGUCUUCGACACCAUUGUGACCGCCGUCCAGAACGGGCCUUCGCCCACUUUUGCCGGCCUGUUCCCGUACGUGGCCUACUACUGUCCGUGGUGGCCCGCGCGCGCCGUCGAGCGGUACACGGGGCAUUUCAACAAGACGCUCUCGAACCCCGCGCUCAUCAUCGGCAACACUUUCGACCCCAUUACGCCGUUCUCGCAGGCUCAGACGCUCGCGGACCUGAUGGGCGACAGCGCGACGCUUGUGCGCCAGAACGGAUUCGGGCAUCGCAGCCUCGCGCAGGCGUCGGAGUGCACGUCGAAGAUCAUCCAAGACUACCUGAACAACGAUGCCCUGCCCGCCGGAGACGCAACAGUAUGCGAGGUCGACGCGGUGGAGCUGUUCCCUGGUGUUGUUACGAGCGAUGUGGUCAAGAUGAUCAGUUAG